AUGGGUGGCACAGGCAUCCACUUGCCUUCUACUAGCAUGGCGACAUCCUCCCAAUAUCGCCAGCUGCUGAGUGACUAUGGGCCACCAUCACUAGGCUACACCCAGGGAACUGGAAAUAGCCAGGUGCCUCAGAGUAAAUAUGCAGAGCUGCUGGCCAUCAUUGAGGAGCUGGGGAAAGAGAUCAGACCCACGUAUGCAGGGAACAAGAGCGCCAUGGAGAGACUAAAACGAGGCAUCAUUCAUGCCAGAAGCCUGGUUCGGGAGUGCUUGGCUAGCCCCUGGCCAAUGUGA